CACACACACACACAGAGUGAGAGAGAGAAUAUCGGGAACAAAGUUAGCAAGACAACAGAGGAGUAUGAAAAAGUUAAAACAUGUUAAAAAGUUGACUCUGCCCUCCCAGUUAAUGCGGUUGAAAUGAGUUCACGAGUCGGAAAGAGACGCUGGAAUUGCCAGUAGACCUAAGGAGGGUUGAACCAUGGAAUCUCAAUACCCGCUGAACUUGCUCCACCAUGCUCCCUGCUAGUCUGCUUCUAAUAGCCGUGCUGUUUGCCUGGGUGCUGGUGGACGGAGGGGCCAACUCGAACAUGGCGGGAGGUAGGAAACUGGCGGAGACUGUUGCCAGGCCGGACGCCCUCCAUCCCCUUCCCGACCCGGAAGCUGCCCAAGCAUUGCGCAGGACCCUGCUGAGCAGGUUCGGACUGGAGAGACCCCCAGAGCUCAGUGGCCAGGCCAUCGUCCCUCAGCACAUGUGGGACCUCUACCACUUCCACACCGGGAACUACGCUGCAGUCAAGGACUCCAGCUUCAACGCCCUGGAGCACCGCACCUCAGGGACCAACACCUUCCGCUGCUUCCAUCACCUGGAAGACCAGGAGGAGGGACCACGGUUGGAGGGAGUGAACCUGCAUCAGAUGAUCUUCAACCUGACGGCCAUUCCAGUGGGCGAGCGGAUCAUCUCAGCCGAGCUGCGUCUUUACAGCGAGUAUGAUGGCUGGGCAGACGCUGGGCAUCAGAGGGUCGGUGGAUACCACCUCUGGCAGGUUCUGCCUGGGCAAGCGACUCACCGACUACUGGAGAGGCGGCAGUCCCCUGCCAAGUGGUCCCAGUGGGAGGUCUUUGAGGUGGGCCAGGUGGUGGAAGAGUCCAGGAGGAUGGGCAAGGGGCUUGUGGGCUUCCUGGUGAAGGUGGGAGAGGACGGAGGUGACACUGGGCCACUGAGGGUCAGCAGGUCGCUGAAGGGCGUGGAGGGGAGCUGGCCCCUGAGAAGGCCACUCCUGGUUACCUACGGUCUGGAUGGGAAGGGACUACCUCUGCACUCCAAGCCGGAGCAGUCCAGACACAGGAGGAAGCCCAGGAGAGGCCGGGGCCGGAGCCGGAGCCAAUGCCGGCGGAAGCCGCUGUACGUGGACUUCAGGAGAGUGGGCUGGAGUGAGUGGAUCAUUGCUCCCCGGGGCUACAAUGCCUUCUACUGCCAAGGGGACUGCCGCUUUCCACUGGCCGACCACAUGAACUCCUCCAGUCAUGCCAUUGUUCAGACCCUUGUCCAUGCCGUCAACGGCAAGGUGCCCAGAGCUUGCUGCAUACCCACUGAACUCAGCCCCAUUGCCAUACUGUACCUGGAUGAGGAGGACAGGGUCGUCCUCAGAAACUACCAGGAGAUGGUGGUGGAGGGCUGCGGAUGUCACUGAGGGUCACGUGGCAGCAAG